AUGUAUUCUGAGUAUGCUGAAAUUGGAUGUUUUGAUGUUAGACUGAGCACACAGUCAAGGUUUGAUAACAAGAUUAUAAAGAUGAAACAUGUUAUAUGUAAUCGUGGUGGUAAACAAAAAAAGAAAUCUUGUGACACAUUAGAUUAUAAAGUUUUUCAGUUUGAUGAACUUCACAACCAUCCACUUGAGAAGAGAAGCGAUUUAAAAAAGAUGAGACAAAUGUCAUAUUCAGAAAAAGAGUUUAUUGUGCAUGCUUCCACAUCAAAAAUAGGUCCAACUAUGGCUCAUAAGUUGAGGGCAAGUCUGAGAGCAUUUCUUAAAACUCAUGGGAAAGAACCAACACUUUUUUUAACUGAUCAAGAUGCUGCAAUAAAACAAGCUGUUGAGAAUGUGUUUCGUAAUUCAAAGCACCGAUUAUGUAUGUGGCAUAUAAUGAAAAAGUUGAAAAAAAAGAUAUCAGAUGAUUUAUUUACAAACACAGACUUUAGAAAAAGGUUUUCGAAGCUUGUUUGGGACAAUAAUAUGAAACCUGAUGUUUUUGAGGUGAAGUGGGGUUUGCUUAUGAAGGAAUUCAAUCUUGAAGACACAAGAUGGUUUAAAGACAUGUUUACAAUACGUGAUUCAUGGAUACCUGGAUAUUUUAGUGAUAUUCCAAUGUGUGGUUUGAUGAAGACUACAUCGAGGUCAGAGAGUAUGAAUUCAUUCUUUAAUACAUAUUCAGAAAGUGGGAACUUACUUUUGAAUUUCAUGAUGAAUUACGACAUUGCCAUUCAAAAGCAAAGGAAUACUCAACGAGAUCUUGAUAGGGCAUCAAAGAAAGCAUCAUAUAAAAUGCAAACACCUCGAGAAAUAGAACUGCAAGCAUCAAAGAUGGUUGGGAAGUUUACAUUAUACAGCCCAACAACAGUAAACGUGAUUUUAAAAAUGAAUUUAAGGUAA